UCCUUCGGCGGGCAGAGCCGCCCCCCUCUCCUGCCCCUCCUCCUCUCUUUCCCACCCCUAGGAGUGGAGCUGCACAUGCGGCUGCUCUUUGCUGUGUCCCGCCCAGCCACCGACGCACAGGAACGGGUCCCUGCAGCCCCCAGCCGAUGGCAGGACAGUAGCCGCCUGUCAGGGGUCGUGAACGGUUGAAGCAGACGCGACGGCUCCCGGGCCUCAGAGAGUGUGUCUCCGGAGGCCAUGGGCUACCCAGAGGUAGAGCGCAGGGAACCGCCGCGCCAGCGAGGAAGCCAGGUCUGCGGCUGUCGCGGGGCCCCGGCCCGGGCCAGCGAAGGGAACAGCUGCCGGCUCUUCCUGGGUUUCUUUGGUUUCUCUCUGGCCCUCCACCUGCUGACGUUGUGCUGCUACCUAGAGCUGCGCUCCGAGUUGCGGCGGGAACGGGGAGCCGAGACCCGCCUUGGUGGCCCCAGUACCCCCGGCACCUCUGGCACUCUGACCAGCUCCAGUGGCCUCGACCCUGACGGUCCCAUCAUCCGCCACCUCGGGCAGUCGUCUCCUCAGCAGCAGCCGCUGGAACCCGGAGAAACCACACUCCCCCUCGACUCUCAGGACGGGCACCAGAUGGCCCUACUGAAUUUCUUCUUCCCUGAAGAAAAGUCAUAUUCUGAAGAGGAAAGUAGGACUGUUCGCCGCAAUAAAAGAAGCAAAAGCAGUGAAGGAGCAGAUGGUCCAGUUAAAAACAAGAAAAAGGGAAAGAAGGCAGGACCUCCUGGGCCCAAUGGCCCCCCAGGACCUCCAGGACCUCCAGGACCCCAGGGACCCCCAGGGAUUCCAGGGAUUCCUGGAAUUCCAGGAACAACUGUUAUGGGACCACCUGGUCCUCCAGGUCCUCCUGGUCCUCAAGGACCUCCUGGCCUCCAGGGACCUUCUGGUGCUGCUGAUAAAGCUGGAACUCGAGAAAACCAGCCAGCUGUGGUGCAUCUACAGGGCCAAGGGUCAGCAAUUCAAGUCAAGAAUGAUCUUUCAGGUGGAGUGCUCAAUGACUGGUCCCGCAUCACUAUGAACCCCAAGGUGUUUAAGCUACAUCCCCGCAGCGGGGAGCUGGAGGUACUGGUGGACGGCACCUACUUCAUCUAUAGUCAGGUAGAAGUAUACUACAUCAACUUCACUGACUUUGCCAGCUAUGAGGUGGUGGUGGACGAGAAGCCCUUCCUUCAGUGCACGCGCAGCAUCGAGACAGGCAAGACCAACUACAACACUUGUUAUACCGCUGGUGUCUGCCUCCUCAAAGCCCGGCAGAAGAUCGCAGUGAAGAUGGUGCAUGCCGACAUCUCGAUCAAUAUGAGCAAGCAUACCACCUUCUUUGGGGCCAUCAGGCUGGGUGAGGCCCCUGCCUCCUAGAUUCCCCCUUUUCCACCCCUGCCCCAGGUUUAAAAGUCUGGACUCCCGGAGCCUCUACCUGUGGCUGUGGAGUGAGGUAUAUUGGUGUUGCAGCUGCAGAGAGAAAUGCCCCAGUGCUAUUUAUUCCCCAGUGACUUCAGGAUGACAAGACCUGCUUGACUUUCCAGAAUGACCUUAAGUUAACAGGACAGUUGAUGGAGCCCCAGAGUUUACAUCAAGCAGACUCUUUUUCUUUGGCUCCUUGUUGGCUGAUU